GCGCAGGCGCACUGAGCGCGCUGGCAACCUCCGCAGCGGCCGCGCGCAGCCUUCCGCCCGCCGGCCGCCUGGGCCCCGCGCAGCGCUCAGGCCCUCGGGAGGCUCGGCCCCGCUUCCUUCUCUUCUCCCGUCGGCAGAGCCCGGUGCUGAGCGCCCGGACCCGCCCCCUCUCCCGGAUCGGCUUCCCAGCCCGCUCGCCUCCGCCCUCCCUCCUUCCCUUCUCGGCUCCCGAAGCCGGAAGGAGCCGAAGCGCAGGCGGACAAAGCCGAAGCGGCCUGCGGGAGCCAGGCCUUCGGAGGCGGGGUGGAAGGAGUCGGAGGGGCCGAGUGGAACCUCCGGAAAGAGCCGAAGCUCGUGAUUGCGUUUAUCGAGUGAGCACCGAAUCCUUGGAGAGAAGGCCGGAGCCCCGGGACGGUUAGGACCGCCGGGAGAGAGGGCCCAGCGCAGGAGUCUACACGGGGACGGUUUGGAUUGUCGGAAAGAGCCGAGCUCGUCGGACCCACGGAAACGCCCGAACGGCGGCGGAAACUCGCGAAGCCGCCUCAGCCCGCCCUUCGGCCGACCCGUCCGGACUUUGCCGAAGCGCCUCGGGUGGGCGGGGCCGGCCGGCCGAGGGGGCGGAGCCUGGGCGGGGCCGGGCCGCCGCGGCUCGCUUAGGCAGGAGCGGGGAGGCGCCGGCGGCGGCCGGAAGUAGCCGAAGCUAGCGGCGGAAGCAGCCGAAGCAGCCGGAGCGGGCGGGCGGCGAGGCGAGGCGAGGCGAGCGCUGCACAGGGCCCGACGCGGCCGCCUCAGCAUGUCGGACUUCGACGAGUUCGAGCGGCAGCUCAACGAGAACAAACAAGCCUCUAGCCCUGCCCCUCUCAGGGACGACCCUGGGUCAGGCCCCUCAGCCCUCGAGGGGGACCGGGAGCCAGCUGCUCUGUCUUCUCUGGCUCCUCCGCUCCUCCUGAGCGUCCUCAGAGAGGGACAAGGAGAACCGGCACCGGAAGCGCAGCCACAGCCGCUCUCGCAGCCGGGAUCGCAAGCGGCGGAGCCGAAGCCGGGACCGGCGCAACCGAGACCAGCGGAGCGCAUCCCGGGACAGGCGGCGGCGAAGCAAACCUUUGACCAGAGGCGCUAAAGAGGAGCACGGUGGAUUGAUCCGCUCCCCCCGCCGGGAGAAGAAGAAGAAGGCUCGCAAGUACUGGGAUGUGCCCCCCCCCGGCUUCGAACACAUCACCCCCAUGCAGUACAAGGCCAUGCAAGCCGCGGGCCAGAUCCCAGCCACCGCCCUCCUUCCCACCAUGACCCCUGACGGUCUGGCCGUGACUCCUACGCCCGUGCCCGUGGUUGGGAGCCAGAUGACAAGACAGGCCCGGCGUCUCUACGUGGGCAAUAUUCCCUUUGGCAUCACUGAGGAGGCCAUGAUGGACUUCUUCAACGCCCAGAUGCGCCUCGGCGGGCUGACACAGGCGCCUGGGAACCCCGUGUUGGCUGUGCAGAUCAACCAGGACAAGAACUUUGCUUUUCUGGAGUUCCGCUCAGUGGACGAGACCACCCAGGCCAUGGCCUUCGAUGGCAUCAUCUUCCAGGGACAGUCGCUAAAGAUCCGCAGGCCUCAUGACUACCAGCCGCUGCCCGGCAUGUCGGAGAACCCCUCUGUCUACGUGCCUGGAGUUGUAUCCACAGUGGUCCCUGACUCUGCCCACAAGCUGUUCAUUGGGGGCUUGCCCAACUACCUGAACGAUGACCAGGUUAAAGAACUGCUCACUUCCUUCGGGCCUCUGAAGGCCUUCAACCUGGUCAAGGACAGUGCCACGGGGCUCUCCAAGGGCUACGCCUUCUGUGAGUACGUGGACAUCAACGUCACGGACCAGGCCAUCGCGGGGCUGAACGGCAUGCAGCUCGGGGAUAAGAAGCUGCUGGUGCAGAGGGCGAGUGUGGGAGCCAAGAACGCCACGCUGAGCACCAUCAACCAGACGCCGGUGACCCUGCAAGUGCCGGGCCUGAUGAGCUCCCAGGUGCAGAUGGGCGGCCACCCGACCGAGGUGCUGUGCCUCAUGAACAUGGUGCUGCCCGAGGAGCUGCUGGACGACGAGGAGUACGAGGAGAUCGUGGAGGACGUGCGGGACGAGUGCAGCAAGUACGGGCUGGUCAAGUCCAUCGAGAUCCCCCGGCCGGUGGACGGCGUCGAGGUGCCCGGCUGCGGGAAGAUCUUCGUGGAGUUCACCUCGGUGUUUGACUGCCAGAAGGCCAUGCAGGGGCUGACUGGCCGCAAGUUCGCCAACAGAGUGGUUGUCACCAAGUACUGCGACCCCGACUCGUACCACCGCCGGGACUUCUGGUAGAGGCGGCCCGGGAGGAGCGAGGCCGGGCUGACUGGGCGCCCCCCACCCCUUCCCUGCGAAGACGAUGGGCAGCCGAGUGACCGCCGGGACAGCCGGCAGCAACUGGAAUGGCG